AUUGGAGAAUUGCUAAGCAUUCUUACAAUGGCAACGCCUAGUAAACGACACCUUUCGACAAGAACAGAAAAAAGAGACUUAGAAGAGUUGUUUGAACGAUAUGGAAAAGUAUUAAGUGUAGACGUAAAACCUAUGGGAUAUGCAUUUGUUGAGUUUGAGGAUCCGCGCGAUGCUGAUGAUGCCGUUAAACAGCUCAACGGGUAUGAGUUAGAUGGCGCUCGAAUUGCUGUAGAGUGGUCUCGCCGAUCUGGUGGCCCCGGAAGCGGAUGUUUCUUAUGUGGUGGACAGGGCCAUUGGGCUAGGGAAUGUCCGGAUGCUAGAGAAAAGGGUAUGGAUGUUAGAAGUGGUCGCUGCUUUCGAUGUGGUGAAUUAGGUCAUUUGGCUAAAUACUGCAGAGGUGGCGGUGAUUAUGAUCGUAGAGCUCCGUCCCCUCGUUAUCGGGGUCGCUCUCCAUAUUAUGGAGGCCGUGGCGGUGGUUAUUACGAUGAUUACGAUCGUUAUCGUCGAAUCUCUAGGUCUCCACCUGCAUACGGUGGUUCAGGUAGUGGUUCUUAUGGUCCGCCAAGAAAUCGUUCAAGGAGCCCCGUCUAUAGACGAAGUCAAAGCCCUUAUGGAUAUAAUGAUUAUAGAAGAAGUCCAAGUCCUUAUGGAUAUGUUUCUGGAUUAGUGGAAAGCGUUCUAAAUUUGUGA